UUAUUUUACUCUGAUGAUGGCACAUGGUUUUGUUGUGAUUUUUCAAAAGCUGAGUGUAAAUUUUCUCAAAAUUUUCUUUAUCUAAAAGAGUUUUACUGCUCAAAAAUGCCAAAAGUACGCGCAGAAAAAAAAUCACGGAUUCAUACGGAUGUGGCCAAGCAAGGAAUCGUAUUCAACAAGGACUUCGGUCAGCAUAUCCUCAAGAAUCCGCUUAUCGUCACAUCGAUGUUGGAAAAAGCCGGACUUCGUUCAACGGAUGUAGUACUCGAAAUUGGCCCCGGUACCGGUAACAUGACAGUGAAAUUAUUGGAAAAAGUUAAGAAAGUGGUCGCUUGCGAAAUUGAUCCCCGGCUGGUUGCCGAACUUCAGAAGCGUGUUCAAGGCACCCCAAUGCAAUCGAAAUUACAGAUAUUGAUUGGGGACGUCCUCAAAGCGGAACUACCAUUUUUUGACUGCUGCGUCGCUAACAUGCCCUACCAAAUAAGUUCCCCGUUUGUUUUUAAAUUGCUGCUGCAUCGACCGUUUUUCCGUUGCGCGGUGCUUAUGUUCCAGCUGGAAUUCGCUCAGCGGUUGGUGGCCAAGCCAGGAGACAAGUUAUAUUGUAGGUUAAGUGUAAAUACCCAGCUGUUGGCACGGGUCGACAUGCUGAUGAAAGUGGGAAAGAACAACUUCCGCCCACCGCCGAAAGUGGAGAGCAGCGUGGUACGAAUCGAACCGAGAAAUCCACCCCCUCCGAUUAACUACACCGAGUGGGACGGCCUUACGAGGAUAGCGUUUUUACGCAAAAACAAAACCCUCGCGGCAGCAUUCAAGCAAACGUCGGUACUGACGGCAUUGGAACAGAACUACAAAAUGCAAUGCUCGUUGAAGAAUCAGGACAUGCCAGAUGGUUUCAGCAUAAAGGUCAAGGUGGAGAGCAUACUGGAAAGGAUUGAUGCUGGAACGAAGCGAGCGCGGACUAUGGACAUUGAUGAUUUUAUGGCAGUCUUACAUGCAUUCAAUUCGGAUGGAAUUCACUUCAGUUAAAUCAGAUGAUAUUUAUAUAUUCUCUAGCAUAAUAAGUUAGAAUAUACACACAAGAGUAAUAAACAAACUUUCGUAUAUUAACUGACAAAA